AACACAGUCACGAGUUGAAAAAGAGAAAGUUUGAGAUUUGAGUUUUUGAAUUUUGAGAUUUGAAGAGAAUAUGGCAUCCCAAAACCAAAGCUACGAAGCUGGUGAAACCAAGGGCCGAACUGAGGAAAAGACAAAGCAGACUGUGGGCAAUAUCGGGGAUAAGGCCCAAGCUGCAAAGGACAAGGCCCAUGAUAUGGCCCAAUCUGCGAAGGACAAGACCCAACAAACAGCCCAAGCUGCGAAGGACAAGACCUAACAAACAGCCCAAGCGGCGAAGGACAAGACUAGCGAUACUUCCCAAGCGGCAAAGGAGAAGGCCCAACAGAACAAAGAUACUGUUCAAGGUAAGGCCUCAGAGAUGGGCCAGUCAACGAAGGAAUCGGCCCAAUCGGGUAAGGACAACACCCAAGGGUUCCUGCAGCAGACAGGGGAAAUGGUGAAGGGUGCGGCCCAAGGUGCUACAGAGGCCGUGAAGAAAACUCUUGGGCUGGACCAUAACGAUGAUUACAAUCGCAGAAAUUAGUUACUAUGUUGUCGUGGUUUUACGCAGCAUCACGUUUUAAAUAAGCUGCUAUUCCCACGUGCCACACUCUUGUUUCAUCCAUGUUCACUUCAAUGCUAUAUAUAUAUAUAGCCUUGAAUUUAUAA